CCAUCAAAACCACACACAUCCCAUUCAAAUUUUUACAAACCGUAUAAGAAGUGGUUGAUAUGGUGACAGGAAGGGGAGAUUCGGGUAAGUUGGAAUGGAAGGUGGAUAUUCCAGGUGGGAAAUCAGAGACAUUAGUGCCAGAAUCUGGGUUUGUCUGCAGAAUUUGGAGAGGAUUAAGGGGUUUGGUUGAAGGGUUUUUGUUGAAAAUCUGGAGGUUUUUGGAAAAGGCAUGGGGUAUAGGAGUUGAUGAGCCUAGAAAACUAGUUCAUUGUCUUAAAGUAGGGUUGGCGCUUUCUGCUGUCUCACUCUUCUACUAUAUGAGGCCUUUGUAUGAUGGUGUUGGAGGGAAUGCUAUGUGGGCAGUGAUGACUGUUGUGGUAGUUUUUGAGUACACUGUUGGUGCUACACUCUCAAAGAGCAUUAACAGAAUAGCGGCAACUUUUCUUGCUGGGUCGCUUGGUAUUGGUAUUCACUGGGUUGCAAGUCAGUCAGGAGAAAGAUUUGAGCCUAUAAUUCUUGGGUUCUCAGUUUUCAUUCUGGCUGCAGUAGCAACCUUUUCUCGGUUUGUUCCAUCAGUGAAAGCCAGAUUCGACUAUGGUGCUAGCAUCUUCAUUCUCACCUUCAGUCUAGUUUCAGUUUCAGGCUAUCGCGUGGAAAAAUUAGUUGGGUUGGCACACAACAGACUGUCCACAAUUGCCAUUGGGACCUCCCUGUGCAUUAUCAUCAGCAUGCUCUUCUGUCCCAUUUGGGCGGGCGACGAGCUUCACUCUCUGAUCACACGUAACCUGGAAAAGCUUUCCGAUUCCUUGAAUGGAUGUGUAGCUGAGUACUUCCAUCAAAAUGGAACUGUGGAUUCUGGUGGGGAAGAUUGUAGCAAAAAGCUUCGAGGAUAUAAGUGUGUCCUUAAUUCAAAGGCAACAGAGGAUUCCAUGGCCAAUUUUGCCAUAUGGGAACCUGCACAUGGCAACUUCAACUUCCGACAUCCAUGGAAACAGUACCUCAAGCUUGGAGCAUCCAUGCGUUACUGUGCUUGUUGCAUUGAAGCUCUCAAUGGUUGCCUAGAUACAGAGGUUGAGGCACCUGAGUUUCUUAAGGAGCACCUGCAAGAUGUUUGCAUGAUUCUAAGCUCCUGUUCUUCUAACGUCUUGAAAGAAUUAAUGAUUACCAUGAAAACAAUGAGAAGAUCAUCCAAGAUUCAUUUCUUUGUUGGAGAGAUGAACUCUGCAGUAAAAGACCUUCAAAAUGGCAUGAAAUCUCUUCCUACCAUGCUCUCAGUGCCACCACCCGACACUGUAAAAGGAAAGCCAGGCACAAAAACCACCAUACCACCUCUCAUGGAGGUCCUUCCACUGGCUACAUUAGUAUCCUUGUUGAUUGAGAUUGCUGCAAGGAUUGAAGCCAUCGUUAACAACAUUGAUGAACUCGCUUGCUUGGCAGAAUUCAAACCCGCCAAAGAUGACAAGCCGAAACAAAACCAGUCCACCAUCACACCCAUAUCAGAUGACCAAGAUCAUGAAACCAUGACGGCCAUUCAAAAAGUCUGAGUUCAUCAUGAUCAACCAGACAACGGCUUAUUCUAUCCAAAAAUCUAAGAAGUCUGUCCUGUAUAUCGUACACUCUGUGAUAUACAAAAGCUUUCUGAGCUUUUUUUCAGACAGCUUUUCCAUUCUAUCAGCAUAUCCUGUAUAAAGUAUUUUUUUAAUGUUUA